CAACCAACCAACCAACCAUCCCAUCUUCGAGUUUGAACGACACCCAUUUUGGCAUUUCUUGUCUCGUACAAGAAAGAAGCAGCCAUCAUGUUCGCCGUCAAAGGCCUCAAAGUCUCCACCGACAAGCUCAAAGUCGAGACCGAGCAUGGCUCCGUCCUGGCGACCCAGCCCCCCCGUACCGUCGCCGCUGGCGAAGAAGGCGCUUCCGCUCCCAAGCCCAAGAACAAGAAGCGCAAGAGAGCCGGUCGGUCCAACAACACAGAUGUGAACCUCGACAAUGUCGCCGACCUCUGGGAGAAGGUAAUCGAGGGCGGCGACGCCAAGGCCAAGAAGGCCAAAGAAGAUGCGAAGAAGGAAGCCCACAAGGCCAAGAAGCAGAAGACUGAAGAGGGUACUACCGCUGAGGCUACCACCACCACCGCUGCUCCUCAGCCAGCCACGGACAAGAAGAACAACAACAAGAAGAACAAGAACAAGUCCAAGCAAGAGUCCAAGCCCGCCGCCGCCGCCGCUGAAAAGAAGCAAGAUGCCACCACCACCACCACCACCACCACCACCACCACCGAAUCGAAACCCUCUGCUCCCGCCCCCGCCCCCGCCCCUGCGCCCGCAGCACCCAAACUCACGCCCCUCCAAGCCGCCAUGCGCGAAAAGCUCAUCAGCGCCCGCUUCCGCCACCUCAACGAAACCCUCUACACCCGUCCCUCGCGCGACGCCUUCUCCCUCUUCUCCGACUCUCCCGAGAUGUUCACCGAGUACCACGAAGGUUUCCGUCGCCAAGUCGACGUAUGGCCCGAAAACCCUGUGGACGGGUACAUCUCCGCCAUCAAGACGCGCGGAAAGCUGCGCAACGCUCCUCGCUCUCGUCCUGGUGGCGCUGACGGCAGCACGUCCUCCGACGGGACCAAGUACCCCCUGCCGCGCGACCGGAACGGACUGUGCACCAUUGCCGAUCUGGGCUGUGGCGACGCGAAGCUUGCGCAGGCGUUGGUCCCCUUGAAACGCAAAUUGGGCAUCGAAGUGAAGAGCUACGAUUUGCAGGAUGGCGGGAAACCCGAACUCAUCACAAGGGCGGAUAUCGCCAACCUGCCGCUGAAAGACGGCAGUGUGGACGUGGUCAUCUUUUGCUUGGCGCUCAUGGGCACGAACUGGAUUGAUUUCGUCGAGGAGGCGUACCGGGUGUUAAGGUGGAAGGGCGAGCUGUGGGUGGCCGAGAUCAAGUCGCGGUUUGUGGACCCGACACGUAAAAAGGGCGGCGGGCCCGGUAACGUGGUCAGCCACAGCGUGGGCAACCGCAGAAAGGCCGGUGCUGCUACCGCCGCUGGACCUGGACCUGCUCUUGGAAAGAAGGACAAGGCCAAGAUGAAGGAGGAGGAAGAGGCCGAGGAGGAGCAGCAGUUGGCUGUCCACGUGGAUGGUGUGGAGCUCCGGCAGCAGGAGACGGAUGUCUCUGCUUUUGUGGAGGCGCUGCGGAAGAGAGGAUUCCUCCUGCAGAGGGAGUAUGGCCAGAAGGCGGUGGACAUGGAUAACAAAAUGUUUGUCAAGAUGCACUUUGUCAAGGCGAUGCCGGCCAUCAAGGGCAAGUGUGCGGACCUGAAGAAGGAGGCGCUCAAGACGACGCAGACGGAUGCCAAGGGGCGGCCUAUCAAGACGCCCAAGUUCAUCGAUGCCGACGAGGAGGCGUCCUUCAACGAGAACGCUCUUCUGAAGCCGUGUGUGUACAAGAUCAGGUAGACGAACGGAUGUGUGUGUGUGAUUCAGUACGAAUAGUCAGUUAAUGGAAAGGCUUAUGAACUACUUCCUCUUUGAACACACACUUCAUCUUGACAUUGAUAUGUAAGCUUG